AUGGAUGAAGAUAGCCGAAUACUGGAAAUGUUAGAUGACGUGGAAAAUGAUAAUUUUUCAACAUCUGGCGAAUCAUAUGCAGAAGAUUCUCAUCAAGGUGAUGGUAAUUCGUACAUAACUGACAGUGAUGCUGAUCAUUCUACAACACUGUCAAGCUCAAAUAUAAGUUAUACUAGUCCGGAUAUUGCAGUUGCUGAAAAUAACAUAAAUAAUAAUGAUAAUGAAAUUGACAGUGAUAGUGUGGUAAGUUCUGAUUCUAACACUGAUACAGAAGAGGAUGAAAGUGAUUGGGAAGAUGAAAAAUUUGGUAAUAUACAAGAUUUUGAAUUUGAUGUUAGUACAGCUGAAACAAAAUUUGAAAUAAACAAUGAAACUUCAGCUAUUGAUGUUUUUUUUUAA